GGGAAAUCCGAUACAGUUUCCUCUUCGCGGAUCGCGGAGGAGUGCUUGUAUCGAAGUCUGCUGCUAUUUGGUCCGCGCUGUCCCAAGGGUCAGCAAAUUUAGCGAUUCUAAUCUGCGAUCUGUCCUUCUUCCUUGGACAGCUAAAGGGAGGGGUUCCGGAAGCACGAUAUGGAGGAACAGGCGUCUGCCGAUCCGCCAUUGCAUAGAUAGACUGAUGUAAUUUGGUGAUCUUACUAGCUACUGUCUCUGAUCACCCUUCAAAUAGUACGAUCCCAAGGCGUGAGGGCAUGCCCGCCCCUACUUACAUCGAAGGUGAACAGCUCGUGCAGCUUUUGAGAGGGGAGGACAGCACAGAGACCUGCGUGCUGGAUGUGCGAGACGAGGACUUUCAAGGGGGCCACAUCAGGGGCUGCCUGAACAUAUGGUCCGAGGAGUUUUACGAUGAUGAGAAUGUGGAUGCGGUGAUCCAAAAGCAUGGGCUCCUGCGAUACAGACAGGUGGUGGUCACCUGCUUCAUGUCCCAGCAGCGAGGGCCCUUCUGCGCCAAAAGGCUAGCCUCCCGCCUGGAUGCACUGGCUACGCAAGAUGUACCCAAGGUGCAGGUCCUCUACGGUGGCAUGAGAAAGUUCAAGAGGGACUACGCGGGGGACCCUGACCUGUUUGACAACCUUGUACUGUGAGCGUCGUACACAGAGAGAAGAUGUCCUUCAGGGCAGAAUUGCACAUAGAAUGAUUGAGAACAUCUGUGAGCACAAUAAUAUUAUUGGACUGCAUGCCAAUGAGCUGCAAAUAUUGAAGGGCAGCAAGGGCUACAGAGUGGCUGGCUGAGGUGAUCAGAGACAUGGGAGCAGUUGAGCAUCCAGCAUAAGUCUGAAUUCUUGUAUGGACGUGUGCUCCAAAUAUAUGUCAACUGUGAGCUGGGGUUCUGC